AUGCAUCCAAUUGAGCUAGUUACGCUCUUAUCAAUAAUCUACGAGUCCGCCGCAUUAAAUUUCAUACCUCAGACAACCGAGAAUGUUACAAACCUCCAGAGGUGCACGACCGAAAUUCAGAGGCGCUACGGCAAAUCCGACGAAAACGUCGUUUAUAUCAGCUUCAAUGAUAGAUACCGCAACCUGCAGUUGCAAGGCCCAGUCAUCAUCCAAAACGGCCUACUGGACUUGGUCUAUUUCCAGUGGAUUCGUGCUCAGUUCUACGUGAUAGAAAUUCCACGGGGAGACUUCGAGCGGGUUUUUAACUUUUUAGUGUUGACCAAGAGCUGGAAUCCCAGGGCGAAGUUCGUGGUGUUCAUCCAGGAUGACGUCUUGGAGCACCUCGUGGCUAUUUUACGAAAGUAUUUUGUUUACAACAUCGUUUUUGUGUUGGAGAGAAGCGAGGGUGAAAUAGUAAUUAUGACGUACCACCCCUUUAACGAUAACAAUGAGACGCAGAUCUUAGCCGAAUGUCGCAAUGGACACUUUGGAGAUGACCGAGAUUUAUUCCCAGACAAAUUGCCGAAGACUUGGGAAAACUUUCCGGUGAGGCUAAUUUUGUUCGCUUAUCCUCCGUUUGUCAUUGUGGAGAAAGGACAAAACUACGGAAUGGAAGUAGAAAUUUUUAAAAUGGUAAAGUCCCACCUGAGGCUUAGGGUGGAGUACGUCGACAAGCCCAUUGCUAAUUGGGGGAGAAAGUUAAGCAAUGGAUCGUACGAGGGAGCAUAUGGCUAUUUGAGACGUUACGAGGUGGAGGGCGCCCUUGGUUUAUUCUACGCGAACGCUAGCGUCAAUUGGGAUUUUGAUCAGUCGUAUCCUUACAUGGAAGAUGACAGCAAGUGGGUGGUACCCGCAGCCAAACGGCAGGCGCGAUGGAUUGGAGUUACAAAAAUAUUUCAGCCUGAUAUUUGGGCUGUCACCUUAACUUGCUUACUUUUAGUCACACUAGUUUUGUGCCUCUAUGGGUAUCACUUUCCCUCUAUGGGGCGGCACCAAAGCUUCUGGUACUCUAUGAUCGCGAGCUACAAAACAUUCCUUGGUCAAUCCACAGUUUUACCACGAACCGGCUGUAUUAGAGUGCUGCUGGGUUUAUGGAUCUUCUUCGGAUUAGUUAUGACAUCUGCAUUUCAAGGGAGAUUAAUAUCCGUGCUGAACUUCAGCCGCUUUGAAAAGCAAAUAGCCAACAUAGACGACUUGCGCGAAUCCAAAAUAGCUUUCGGUUAUUACAAGGACGCCGCUUACCUAUACUCGAACCCGAAAGAGAAGGAUAAGUUUCUCUAUCACAAUUUCGUCGACUGUCCCAUCGACCUAAGAUGCCUAAAUCGAACGGCGUUUAAAGGCGAUUUCGCGACGUUUAAGCCUAAGAAGUUCAUCGAGUACUUGAUUAGCACAAUUUAUUUGGGAAAAGAUGGAAGGCCCUUGGUGUACGCGUUUAAAGAUAACAUUUAUAAGUUUUUAAUUACCGUGGCAUUUGCCAAGGGCUUCCCAAUUUUGCCUGAGGUGAAUAAAGUUUUAUUACACUUGCGGGUACACGGAUUUAUAGAUUUUUAUUAUAAAAAAGCCAAUUACUUGGCCAAGAAAGCAAUUAAGUCGGCCGUGAAUGAGGAACUUUUUGCACAGGUUUUGGAGAUGAAUGACGUUUUUUGGGUCUUUUGCUUACUGAUUUUUGGGUUGGCAAUUUCUACGUAUGUGCUUCUUGUUGAGGUACUAAUAUUCAAAUACCUGCACUAA